AUGGUCUCCGUCGCUGACGUCAAGGCGUCCAACGCCCGCAUCACGGUUGACUCCGUGCCUCGUGUGUCGGUCUUGUGCGGUGCCACUGAUGGCAUCGGCAAGGCGUUUCUCACACGUCUCGUCGCAACUAAGCUCAAAAUUCGCGUCUACGUCCUCGGCCGCAAUGGCGACAAGCACAAGCCCUUUCUCGACGAACUGCGUCGCGGCAAUGCCAACGCCGACCUGAUCUGGAUCGAGUGCCAACUCUCGCAGGGCUCAUGCAUUCGCAAGGCCUGUGACGAAAUCCAGCGGCUAGAGACGAGCAUAGACCUAUUGUACAUGAGUGCCGGCUUCAUCAAUGCGGGUAGUGCCAAGUCAAAAACGGACGAGCAGCAGAAACUGUCCAUCAUGCUGUCCUACUACGGCCGUUUGCUGCUUGCCAUCCUGCUGCAGCCGUUGCUUAAUGCGUCCACCAACAGCCCCCGCGUCAUCUCCGUGCUGGCCUGCGGUAACGAAACGGCGGACAUCUUCCUCGACGACCUCGACAUGCUCAAGCCCGAGCACGCGAGCUUGACCCAGCGGUCCCACUCGCUGUCCACGUACACGACCAUUUCUUUUGGCCGGCUCGCCCGUGAAAACCCGCGCGUCCUCUACUUCCAUCACUACCCAGGCGGCGUCAACACCGGUGUGUUCAAGAAGUCGUUUGGCACGGCGUGGUACUGGCCGCUGCUGUCGCUCGCCCUCUGCAUGGCAACGUCGCCUGCAGACGCCGGCGAGAAGGUCCUGUACAUGGGCAGCAGCGCCAAGUACAGCGGGGUAAGCAGCAAAGAAGGAACCAAGGGCGGCGUUCCGUUGGCGUCUGGCCAGAGUGCAGGGCUGAACAUGAACAAGACUAGGGGCGGCGGUGCGCUGUUCUUGGUUAACGACAAGAUGAAGGAGCUCUACCAGGAGAAGGUGAUGGCGGACCUGGAAAAGCGCAAUGCGCCGGCUAUUGUCUGGGAGAAGGCCAUGGAUACUCUCAAGCCUUACUUGUGA